AUGAUACGCACUACAUGUACAACCAUUAUCAGAAUACAGUUGCUAGUGAUAUUACUAUAUCAUUUGUGUCAAAGUUCCGAAUGCAAGUCGCAUGUACGGACGCUUCGAGUCAAGGGCGCCUCUUCAUCUUCCACAAACACAGACAAACAGAUUCCACAGCAACAACAACAACAGCGAAAACCGCAGGCAACCAAGGGAGGUGCCCGCAUUGAAGUUCCGCCUGCAUCGCAUGACAAAGCACUCAAUGAAAAUCCCAAAAAGGAAGAGUUUGCGUCACCAGAUGUCACUAUUCUUUCUCCUGCGUCCGUAGACACAGCGGCUUCCUCCUCCUCCAAGGCAACUACUACAACUACAACCACGACGACCAGUAAUAGUGCUACUGCUAGCAGCAACGAUGCUCGUCCCGCCACUCCGGUUUCAAAAGCAACCAAAUCGCACAAAUCUUCUUCGUCUUCCACGAGUUCCUCCUACUCGGCGGCCAAAAAGAGCUUGGAUCACAGCAAGGAAGCAUACCAUAAGAUAUCUUCGUCAUCACACCAAAAGCAACAACAGCAGCAGCAAAAGAAGAGCUACCAGCAAGAGGAAGCGCAAAAGUUGACGUCCAACUCUGACCCAGAAAAUAUGAUUGUCUUGUAUGCUGAAACAAAACCGCCCACGAAAGCGCCGACACCAUCCCCCACCGAACAACAACGAGUGGAAAAAGAACAUGUUCAGGAGACCAACGACAAACAGUUACUGACAAAGCCAGCCAGAGUAGAACGAAAGUUCCGAAAUCGGCCGCAAGACCAUGAUGACGAGAAGAAACCCAUGCUGGAAGAGCAGCAACUUCAUGCACACCAAGUCGACAUUGACCAAGAGCUCCUCCAAGCAUCCAUCGAGCUCAGCCCCUUUUCCGUCCUCUUUGACAUUCAACAACAGGCUCCAGACGCCAUUCAUUACGUGGAUGCUGUGCGGGUCACGAGAGAAUGCAUGCGACCAUUCAUGUUCUACAAAUUUGAUGAUGCGCUCGAGUAUUUUGCGCUCACCAGCCACAAGGCGGGGUUGACUUCGCAAGGACCACGCAUUGAUUUUGUCGCACACGUCAAGUUCAUUGAUGGCGCGGCGGCAUUGAGUGACGAAACAAUCAUGGAGCAAAUACAAAAAGCAUUCACAGAAGACUCGACGUUUGUCGAACACUAUCUAAAGCACUUGCAAGAGUUGGACUCCAGCAAUCCCUUUCACGAAACCGAAAGAAUACGCUUCCAUUCGAUCUACCAAAUGCAAGACAGUCUUGUCGACUCGCGAGUUGAUGUGAACAAAUCCAAAAUGAAUCCAGCCAGCAUCAUCGGUGCCUUUGCAGGUGCCGCCAUCAUGCUUGGUAUAUCGGGUCUCAUUAUUCAUCAUGGAAGCAAGAAUCUUGCAUCGGAAGAUGGAACGGCCAAGGGUUACGCAGAAUAUGCUGCCGCCUUGGAUCCCACUUCAUCAUCAUCAACGACCAGCGACGUUGUUUCUUCUUCGGCUCCCUUUUUGAUCAACAAGAAGAAGGAUCUGCAUCCAUUUCUAAUAUCCAAGGCGAAGGAGUCAACCCUAUUACUGAAUUGGCUGCCACGGUAUUGGCAGCUUGAAGGUCCUAAUGAAAAAGCUGAAGAAGACGAUCAAGACGACGAUGAGGAUCCAGAGUUGUGUGAAUUGUCCAUGUCCGAGUCAACGCACUCCUCUGGGACCUGUGAUACGGAUGCUUCCAUACAGUCCUUUAAAAGGGAACGCAGUCACAGCUUUUGAUCCCAAACACGAGGGCUCUGUUUCAACUGGAACCCAAUGAUAGCUAGGCUUGGAACUUACUUUGCCGGAAGAGAUUCAUCAUUGCUACCAUACGGUAGGUAGCUAAGGAGGAGAAGUGUAACCAAUAGUGCACAU